CGGGAUUGGUUGCUGGGCUACAUGUGAAAGCGGGACCCCGCAGCAUACAAUAUACAGUAAGUACACUUACAUACAGAUUGAAAAGAUAGCGGGGCAGGCAAAGGUCAGUCAGUUCAUGAACCUCAAAACUUUGAGUUUGACCAAGGACAUGGAACAACGAGCAAAAAGCCCCUUUCGUUGCCUGCCGAAGAAGCAAUCGCUUUUUUCCGUUGAGGUUGUUCCCUCUGGGGGGAAGCCUGGUCCCGGUCUGCGCCAGUGCAUGGUGUGGAAUGCGGACGAAAAUCCAUCAAAUGUUUGCGGCCUCCCGUGACGCGGGGUGGCCCUGACCCUGACAUUCAAAUGUUCGGAGAUACAGUCUCUGUGGUGGGGGACUGUCCGCUAUCCGCUCAGGUGGGGCAUAUUUUUUUUGUCUGAAUGAGCCCGGUCCCGACAGAGACGGCGACACGACCCAAGGACCUACCCAGCCACGGGCAACGCGCACGCAAACGGGCAAUAAGCGACGGCAAGCUGGAAGCGCAUCUCUGUGCUUUCACUCUUUGCGACAUUGCACUGGCAGUUUGCUUUCCUCAGCUGCUUGGUUGACGACGGGAAAACAUUGUCUGUUCUUUCCCGGCUCUGGAUCCUCCUUUCGUCUUGCUGGACAGGUACUAGCCACUCUCACCACUAUGGUUCCCUCCCUUCUUCCUCAAUCGGUCCAGUCUCGCUCAUUCACCCGCGACCAAGUUCUCCUCAAGCCUCUACCUUGCCAGUUUUGCUCGACCCUCUCUUCAGCCUGAUCCCGAGAACCUGCUGCCAUCAUACCUCUACGCUCCGGCUCCGAACGAUCUCUACACCUUCAGUACGACGGUUUACCGACUUCGAGUUUCGCACGCGCUCCAUUCCCUUUCCAGCCGACAUCAUCCAAAUAUCAGAGUUUGCCGGUCAAAGAGCUCUACACACUUUUGCAAAGAUGCCUCACGAGGACAAGUCCAUGGGGGCAGUCCUUGCUGCGCAGGAUCCCAUCAUCCAAAGCCUCGUACGCGAAGAAGUCGACCAUGGAGUCCUUAUUCCCCUCAAGACAACUCUCGAACUAAGGGACGACCACGUUACGGGCCGGGUACUGAUCACCCGAACUCCCGUCAAGUCGGCGAACCCUACUAUCAGCCUCUUGCGCGAUAUGCUACCUGAGGAAAUCGUUAAGGGCGUUCCGCACCUACGCAGAUGCGCCAAGCCAGGCGACCUACCCGCCCAUCUCAAGACCCAAUUCAUGAACGAGACGCCCCAGAGCCGACAAAUCCACACGGGCAAGUCGAACUGGAUCUAUAUCAUUCUUGGUCCCGAGUCCCAGCUGUCGCGCGACGAGCUAGUCCAGGCCCUCAAGACGAUCGAGGGACUGGAAGAAGACAUCUUCAUCCGCAGUGUCCCUGUUCCCAUGGUCGCUCCCACCUCGCAGAUUCAGGCCGCCAUGUGGUCCCAGCACUUCUGGCCCACUCUUUACCGCAAGAAUAACCCUCUUGGACCGCAUCCCGCCAUGGUAUCCCGAAGCACAGAAGAGAUUACAGACGAUGCUGCGAUAUGGAUGACAUUGGCCCACCAGGUGGCCGAGCAGACUCAGGCCGCUGGUCACGGAGAACCCAUGGGGGCUUGUAUCGUCCAGCGUGAGGAAGGCAACAAAGUCACCCUUGUCGCCCUUGCUGCUGACGCUCGUUGGCGCUGCCAGGGAAAGACGGGAUGUACUGGGAAUCCUAUGGCGCAUUCAGUCCUUCGUGCCAUCAGUAUGGUUGCCCAGAAGCUAGUGCGUGCGGAGAACAAGAGGACCGACACGUUCCAAACCCCAAUUCUCGAGUUUGAGGCCUUCCAAGACAAGCCUCUUCUUGACGACGAGCAAAAGGUCUUUGAGAUUGACCAUCCGUCUCCUGAUGGAUACCUCUGCCACGGGCUCGAGAUGUACCUUACGCAUGAGCCUUGCGUAAUGUGCUCCAUGGCCAUCCUUCACUCGCGCAUGGGCAAAGUCGUCUUUCGUCAUCGUAUGCCGCUGACGGGCGGGCUCUGCGCUGAGAACCGUGGCAGCGAUCACCCAUCGCUUAAUGGCGCGGACGGUGGUCGUGGCCUUGGGCUGUUUUGGCGGCGAGAACUCAACUGGAGCUUGGUGGCCUGGGAAUGGGAGUCCAAUGGCUGCUUAAAGCCGCUGCCGGUCAACCAGAUGAUCCAUGCCUGAUGAUGUUGUGAAGAAUGGAGGGGAAGUAGGUGGUACGCAUUACAGGAAACUGCUAUAAUCUCACAGGGUACGCUUUGGUAUGCACUUUUUUUGGGGGGAGAGGGUUGCGGAAACAGACGGCAGAGGAAUUAGGUAGUCCUCUCUGGCCUCUCUGUCGGUUUUUGAUGUUAUUGAACAAGCAUUUUUGAGCAAACAAAGGGUCGGAAACAGGAGCAGAGGGUUACGGCGUUUGGCAAAGGUUUUAUCCCCCCAUUGUCCUUUUAAGUUGAGCAUCAGUUGCAUGGUAGCGAGAGCCCGCAAGCAGGCGUUACGAAAGGACAAGAUUACUGGACUGGCCGUUCUGGUCUUAUGAGGUAGAGAUAUUUGCUGCUGGAAUACUGCAUGGAUGGGUUUGAACAAAUGGAAGAGCUAGCUCGGCGUCAUUGCUUACAAUGAGAAAAUCAAUUCCCUUUAACGGAG